UUAUGCCCUCGAAGAAACGAUCGCUUUUUUGACCGUCCAAACCUCCCAUUUCUUGCCGCCGGACUGCAUUAGCCGAGGCGGAGAAUGGCGGCCACGCUCUUCCUCGUCUCCUCCUACUCCACCCCUUCCUCCUCCGCUCCCUCCUCGCCCCUAAAGCUUACCUCCCGAUACUUGCCCCUCCGCUCCCUCCUCGCCCCUAAAGCUUACCUCCCGAUACUUGCCCCUCCGCACCCACCGCCGUGCCGCUCUCCUCCGCGCGCCGCCGUCUCCCCCAAGAUCGAGAAGCUCGGCACCCUGAUGUCUAACGUCAUCGAGGACGUCCCGAGCAACGCCAGGAUCGCGACCAUCAAGGUGAUUCAGGAGCUGGCCAGCCUGGCGCUCAAGGAGGCCAAGGAAUUGAUCGAGGGCCUGCCGAAGAAGUUCAAGGAGGUCAUGUCGAAGGAGGAGGCCGAGGAGGCCAAGAAGCAGCUCGAGGAAGUCGGGGCGAAGAUCUCCAUCGUGUGAACUCCUUCUCGAAACAGAAGAUGCAAACAAUUCGAUGGCUAGGUUUGCACAGUUGUGCUCAUCCUCUUAUCUGUUCGAUUGAGCUCGAUGAUCAGUCCUUGAACUCUUCCUAGCGAAUUCAGUAAAUUACGAUUGUCCAAUUUGGAUGUUGAUUUGGAGUCAACCAAGGAUUUACUCUGCGUCUGUCUCUGAGCGAUAUGGUGUUGAGCAAGAAGAGGUCCAUGCCGAUGUCCUACAAGACUACGUAGGGCAUGUCGGACAAAGCUCCUUCGAUGCUUAAGUUAGUUCGGAUUCCGAGAAUUUAAUCAAGUGCCGAGUCUAUAUGAAAUCAAAACACCGAAAAAGUCCCCCCCGGUGAACAUACAUGAGGGGCCUUUUUAUAUUACGGUCUGAUACCCUUUCACUCGAGGUUGUGAUUAAAUGCCUAGCUUCUUGAUACCCUUGACUAUAGAUGCAACCAUGUAGUACCGAAUUUCGAAAAACUAGGGUAACUACUGGUUGAAUCAGCUUCCUAUGUAACUAACUCCACAGGGUUGAAUCAGCUUCCUAUGUACUGAAUUAUAUAGUUCAGUAAAGGUGAAAACUGCAGGAAAGAGGAUUAAUAUAUGAAUGGCAUUAUGAUGAGACUUUGCACUAAAAAAGUUCAAAAGAGAAUGGCAAAGCUGAUAGUAGUGUAAAUGGCACAAAGGAGAGAGAAAUGAGCUAGGGUAGUGGUGUCAGUGUUAAAAACAAGGUUGAUUCAUGUCCUGAGCUCAGAAAUAAUGCCAAAGAAGGUGACUUGAGUAGGAGAACAGACAAGGACAAAGAUCCAGCCAAUGUGGACACUCAACCUACUACCAUUAGUGGAUUCGGUGAUCAUUCUGAAUUGAACAUAUUCGGCAGAAAAAGGAAGUAGGGUACGUGUGAAGGUACUGCUGAAUCUGUUUCAGAGGUGGAACACAAACCUACAAGUGCUUCUUAAGUAUCUGGAUCAAAGCAGAAGAGUAAGCAGAAAGAGGAAACUAACCACCAUUCUGCAUCUCUGCUACUGAAGUUUGCACCUGAAACUGCUUUGCCAUCCAAGAUUUGGCUUAUGCUGAGCCUUGGUUGAGUGUGAUACACAAAUGUUCUAAGGUUCAGAUUACGCUUGUGUUUUGUUUGAGAAAGGCAUGGACACAUAGAAGGCCUUGAAAGAUUAGAUAACAUUGGGCCUUUGGCAUCUCAGUAACUAAUCAUGAGCUUUAUUAUAUGCCUGGAAAUGUAAGUUCUCAAAUACAGACAUCAAGUGUUCUAUGCUUGAGAGGGUGAUUUCCUAGCUUACUGGGUCCCAUCCCAAACCUUAAGGACAAUCAAGUGGAUGAAAUGAACAACCUAUUGGAAAAGGAUUCAAGAAUCGGCAGCAACUCAGACGAGAAGAAUGUGGUCCGAUCACAGGGUUCUCUGCACUAUAAUCCUACUCGAGGCAUUUCUUUCUUGCUGAGGAACAUCAAGGGCUCAACUCUUUCUUCCCAGCUACUCCAUGGUGGUAAAACACAUGCAUCACAUCUCUUCUUUGCUCAGAACCAGUUUGCUGGUAUACAUUCCUCAGAUAUCUCAAGGAUUCACUUCAGAGUCCGCCAAGCUCUAGACUCCGUUGCUGCUCUGCGUCUGCGUCUGCGUCUGCGUCACACUCUUCUGUUCAUCGUGAUCGUGUUCUGUGGAAUGAUCAUAGUCGAUGCU